AAAAGGCGGAGGUGGACCUGCCUGUCAGAGGACUUGUUGUUGCUCUGUCUGGUCGGCAAAAGGAGGGAAUGUAAAAGUGUGACAUUUAACAAGGUAAAGCAGGACGCAGGACAGCCGGGGGGGGGGACCCAGUCUGAUGGAACUUCAGCAACUGUGAUUUUGUUGGACGAAGGAGAACAGCGUGACCUGUUGAGAGUAUCAGAAGACCGUGAAAACGAGCCAUACCUAAACCGCUCGGCGAAGCGGAGGUUGGACACUGCAAUGAGAGAAGAGGUGUCCUGCACCAACUCCCCUGAAGGAGGGCUGGGGGCCAGUGAAGAGGAGCUGGAGAGGGCAUCGAAGAAGACCCUCCAACAGGCAAACCGAAAGCGCUCCCCCUACCCAAAGAAGGACAGCCUCAGUCAGACGGAGGAGAGCAGCACCGGCAGCACCAACAGCCUCCUGCCGUCCGGGCCGAAGAGGCUCAAGAAGAGCCCCUCAACCAUCGUGUCGUUGGCGCCCACGUCUCUGGGGCCGAGGCCAGAGCCGCCCUUUGAGGAGCUCCACUCUCAGAGGGUAAUCGCCAACGUGCGAGAGCGCCAACGCACCCAAUCCCUGAACGAUGCCUUUGCCUCCCUACGCAAGAUCAUCCCGACGCUACCCUCAGACAAGCUGAGCAAGAUCCAGAUCCUGAAGCUGGCCUCACGCUACAUCGACUUCCUGUACCAGGUGCUGCAGAGCGACGAGAUGGACGCCAAGCUGGCCAGCUGCAACUACCUGGCCCACGAGAGACUCAGCUACGCCUUCUCCGUUUGGAGGAUGGAGGGGGCCUGGGCCAUGUCCACCAGCCACUAGGACCCCUCUAAACUCAUCUCAUACACCCUCUCGUGUCCACACCUCCACCUCCCUCCCUUCCCAACCCCUCUGUCUGUGUUUGACCUCUGACCCUCCUUUUUCUGCAUGGUCUGAUCUUAACCUUUUUACCUAAAACCUUUGCAUACAUUUUUUUUUCUGUGCUGCAUAAUGUUUCAUUUAUCAGCUAAAUAUAUGUUGCUGCAACCACCAUCCCUCCCUCCACCUCACCUCUGCUGCUCCCUCUUCUCUUCCUCGUCUGUCCCUGAGUUUAGUCCAGAGCAGCGAGUCACAACACUGCGGCUUCUCAGAAAUCUCCACAACCUGGAAUUCCCUAAACUACAAGGAAGAUUCACUCGAAACUUUCAAAAGAUUUCUCCUGUUUCUUCCCAUCCUUAUGUGGUUCCUUCCUCUUUUUUUUUUUUUUUUAAUUUUUUUUCCUGGACUUCUGCUCGACUCAAGACAGCAGAACUCAGCGGCGGUUGCUUCAGCAAGUGCCUCUGAGACUCUUUGUGGAGACGUGACAGUGAACUGCAGGACAUUUGAAAUAAUUAGAAUAAAAGACAGAAAAUAAUGAGAAGGAAAAAAACAAAAAACAGCUGGCCUGAGGUGACAAUGAAACAAAAUGGCUGCUGGAUGGAGCGCCUUCGAUAACAACGCAAUGAUAACCGUCAUCCCAUUUCCCCCCCUGACUCUUCUCUCUUCGGAUGACUCACAGCCUGACAGACAUUAGGAUGACUAAUGAUAAUGGCACAGUGAUGGUUAGAGGGCGGUCACAGCCAAUUUAUGUUUACAGCUAAAAUGCUAAUAAGCUAAUCGCUCUGGCUCUAAAAGGUGGGAAUCUGGUGCAGAUCUUUUUGGGUUUGCUGCAGUGACUGGAUGGCUCUCCUGGUAAAUUUUUUUUUUUUUAAACAUAUCUUGUUUUGGUGUGCGUACACGCUGUUUUACUUAAACCCUGCUUACCGCUUUAUUCUGUUUUAAACCACUGAUCACAGUUCAGCUAAUUGUUUGUUUUAUUAGCAGGCUGUCUGUCUUUAGAGAGUGUCGCAGCUUUGAAAUAUCUCUGCGAAGCUUAAUUAAAAAAUAAUGCACCAGCAAACCUCUCAGAAAGUGUGCCAAAGUGUUGAUGGUGUGAUUACACGCAGAGUAGAGCAGAUACAUUUGUAACUGUGGGCCCAAUUGCUUUUGAUCAUGUUCCUUUUGUACUGUUUUUUUUUUUUUUUUUCCCCAUUUGCUUUUCAUCAUUUGUCUUGUGAACAAUAAAGUUUUACUCAGCGCUGUA